UCUGCAAACUGCGCAUUUGUAUUGAAAUCCGUGUUUGAGGAGGUCGAGCUCAUCAUAUUUACAUUUAGAAUAAAGGAUAUGAAUUAAUGAAUACUCUAACUAAUCUUACUUUGCACACGGUAUACCCAUCGAGCCAACUGCAUGUUAUUCAUAACGAAAUGCAGUCUGACAAACCAGUAACAAGCGGACUGUUUACGUGGUUUUGUAACCUGAUUGUGUGGUUUCGAUUUGUCAAGUCAGUGGGUGGAAACUGCGCUGCGCAUGUGUAUUGAAAUCCAUGGUUGCGAAGGUCGAGCUCAUCAUAUUUACAUUACGAAUAAAGGAAAGAUGAAUAUUCCAUUUCCUCUUAUUUUACAAUGCAGACAACCAUGUGAGAAGUGCAUAAGUAAUCUUCAAGUCAGCCCAAUAUUUGAAAUGUGUUCGUAACCUUGCAUAGUUAUGAAUAUCUGUACUACAGUAUAAAUAUUGUGUAAAGAUUGGAUGUCAAAUAUAUUGUUACUGUUCUCGUUACUGCAACGCUGGCGUAAAAAAUAAUAUUGACAAUGGAAAAAAGGUUUGAGACAAAAGAGGCCCAAAACUGGCUUAAAUGUAUGAUUGCAACAUAUGCGACCAGAGACGUAAUUGCACAAUUAGCCGAACUCGGAUUUAAAGCAUUUUACACGGAUUUACGACGGAAUAUGCUUGCAAAACACGGUAUACUUAAAACAACUACGUGUAGUUCGUGUAUUGAUCCCUCCAAACAGUGCCGCCUGUGUUCAGAAAUAGGUAAUCGCAUUUGGGUCUACCAUCGUUUUAAUAAGCCACAUUUAAAAGGCCCAUCAUGGAGCAAUACGGACAUUACAAAAUGGUGCAGUGAUUCAUGGGAGUUAGCGAAGUGUUACAUGCCUCCCACGGGUUACAAGAAUAAACCAAGUGCUGACAAAACAGAUUUCAACGGGAUAAUUGGUGCUUUAAUCAACUGUACAUGGAUGCAGAAUUACUUUACAGAUGAUCUUAGCCAGAAUACUAAUAUCUGCAUGAAGGCGCGAGAAAAAGUUAACGCACUACGGCACAUACAUGACACAAACAUAGAUGAAGGGGAAAUGAUCAGCCUCUUCGAUUGUCUUUUCAAUCUCCUUAAUGACCCUGCAUACCUGAACAGCUUUAAACCAGCAGUGGAAGCAAGAACAUACCUUACUCAGCUUCAGAACGAUAAACUGCUAUUGUCCGACACGUUGACAAAAUGCUACGAAGACCUCAAGGAAGAGUUUCGCAGAGACUUAAUACGAUUCUAUACAACGACGAAAACUACUGUGUCUGUUUCACCAAUACGUCAGGGUCAUGACAAAUCUAUCUGGGAUAUCUUUGUGUCACCGACAUUAAGUCACAUAAAACUACAAAAAAAUGGUUCUCGAAAGAAAACGGAAAACGCAAUAAAACAAUACAGAAACAUAUUUUUUAAAGAUGAAAAGCUGUGUAGUUGUGUGUUUAUUCAAGGAGAGCCCGGUAUAGGGAAAACAACGUUCCUUAAUAAACUUGCUCUUGAAUGGUGUGAUGCAGUUUCUGAACACAAUUCUAUUCACAAGGCUUCAUUUAGUGAUAUCGACACACUGAAUGGGUUCGAGUUUCUCUUUCACAUAUCACUGAGAGAUGCACUUGUUCAAAGUGAGGUGGUAGAAAUGAUUAAAACACAAAUUAUAGACACCAUUUACACUGGUGAUAAACGCGAAGUUGUCUUUCAGCUUGUACACAAAAUCCUGGCACGGGAGACUUGCCUCGUAUCUAUGGAUGGGUUGAACGAGUGGGUUGAUCCUUUUCAUAAAUAUGUUUCACCGUUAAUGGCAAGCUGUUUUACAAAGUGCGCUUCAUUAAUUACUACACGACCAUGGAAAAUGGCGGAUGAGCGAAUCAAGGAUUCUGAAAUUGAAAGACUUAUCGAAAUUGAAGGGAUAACUGAUCCGAGAGAGCUAACGGAGAACAUACUCAUCAGUUUUAACUCUGUCAAUCAAAAGUCACAGACUGAGUUCAUGGAAUACGUAAAUGAACGUCAAUUGAUGCAGUUUCUUAUUUCACCAUGGUUGCAGACAAUGUUAAUUAGCUUGUGGAUGAACAAUAGCGAUUUUAAAGGUUCAUUGUGUGAAAUAAAUUGUAUUCUACUUGACCUUAGUUUUAAAAAAGGGAAUGCAAAAGAAGGAUAUUUCAGAAAAGGAACUUGCUUUCCGUGCUUAUCAAAUACAAGCUUUAUUGAACCGCAUUGUGAGAUUUUAGACGCGCUUGCUAAUGCUGCAUUUCAUUUCACGUUUUCUUCACAAAAAUCCCUAGUGUUUUCCAAACGGGAAUUACUGGAUUUUAUGUCCAUAGAGCAACUACAAUUCUGCCUCGAUGCUGGCCUGUUGACGGUUAUGUUUAAGUCAGAAUUUUCGUUAAAUAGUCAACGAAUGUCAUUUGUACAUGAGACGGUCCAGGAAUUCCUAGCUGCAUAUUAUAUAGCAAUUUCACAGGCGGAUGUUAUAGAAAAUUUACUGAGCAAACAUAAAUGUAAUGUGUUAGAAAUGAGCCAGAUAAUUAUAUAUAUGUGCGGGCUUGCUUGUAAGAUAGCUAAUGAACUAAUAAACCGUCUGACUGACGGCGACUUCUUCAAUGACAUGAACCUUGCACUAAGCAGGUAUUUACAACAUUUUCAUAUUGAGAAAUUAGCAGCAUUUAAAACAGAUUAUAAAUCAAUAGAAAACAUUGGAAAAUUUCCAUAUGGUAAGAGGGACUUCGAUUUGCGUAUGUUAGCUGUAUCAUUCUUAUUCCAGCGCAUGAUGAUUACAGGUUUUAUUGAGGCUAAAGCCAGCGGUCAAAAGGAUAUUUGUUUGAAGUGCAGGGACUUUAUAUUCAAUGAAUAUCUCAACGAGUCUGAAUCAAACGCAUUACGUGCACUGUUAAUGUACAACACAUCCAAUGUCAGGACACUUAUUUUAGAAAGUAAUGUAUUGCAAAUAAGCGAAAUACUGAUCGUCCUUCAACAGUCAAGGGAUUGUCUUGAACGUGUUAAGGCCAGAGUCACUCCGGAAAUAUAUAAGGCAUUUUAUAAUUUAAACCUGAAAGAGCUGCAUUUUAUCGGAAGAAUCAACGUAUCUUUAAUAGCUGAUAUGCUUACCUCCCUGUCUAAAUUAAAGUAUUUAUACAUAGAAGAUUCAACUUUUCACGAAGAAUUCCCUAUCUCUGCCACUUUAAGAGGGUUAGAUUUGACGAAAAUUACUUUUACUGUCGAGUUUCUUCGAGGGUUACUAAAACAAUUAUCUUUAUUGAAAGACGAUUUUUAUUUAGAAAUGUGCGAUGUGAAUGUCGCCGAUUUUAAUAAACACAUUCUUCAAUCGGAACUAUUACCUAUUGACAUGUCAAAUAUCUUCAUUUUCGUGAAGCAGGGUAACAAUGACCUAUAUGGUUUGCUGAGUUGUUUACCUAUCGUGAACAUAUGGCUUAUGACGUCUGAAGAUGCUGCAUUAGCAUCGGAUAUUUUACCCACAUUUAGUAAACUAAAAACACUUUAUUUACGGGGGACCUUUAUGGGUCGAUGUGAUCUCCAGAUGCCUUCAUCAUUGAACUGUAUCAGUCUUCUGACAGGCGAAUGCACAUCUGAGUGGUUGUGCAGCUUGUUGAUCAAGCUUUCUGCAUUAGGUCAUCGUGUAAAUUGUGAGCUGUGGAACUUUGUAGUGCAAUCAAGGGGAGAAGACAGCGGUGCUGAUUUAGAUAAACAUGGAUCUAACAUAAGAUCUAAACUAUUGUCAUGUGACUUUUCAAAUUUUCAAAUAUUAGUAAAACCUGGCAGCAAAGAACUUUUUGAAAUAUUUCGUGACACAAGUAUAGGGAGCCUAACCUUGAAAACUGCUGAUUGUGUUUCACUAGCAUCAGACAUUCUUCCCACACUCAUUAAAUUAGAAAAGCUUUAUUUAUGGGGGACCUUUAUGGGUCGAUGUGAUCUCCAGAUGCCGUCAUCAUUGAACUGUAUCAGUCUUCAGACAGGCGAAUGCACAUCUGAGUGGCUGUGCAGCUUGUUGAUCAAGCUUUGUGCAUUAGAUCACCAUAUAGAAUGUGAGCUGUGGAACUUUGUAUUGCAAUCACAUAAAGAAGAAGGCGACGCUGAUUCAAAUAUACAUGAAUGUGACCUGCGUUCUAAACUAUUGGCAUGUGAUAUGUCCAAAAUUAAGAUAUUAGUAGAAAAUGGCAGCAAUGAACUGUUUGAAAUAUUUCGUGACACAAGUAUAGGGAUCCUAGACUUGAAAACGGCUGAUUGUGUUUCACUUAUAUCAGACAUUCUUCCCACACUCAUUAAAUUAGAAAAGCUUUAUUUAUGGGGGACCUUUAUGGGUCGAUGUGAUCUCCAGAUGCCUUCAUCAUUGAACUGUAUCAGUCUUCAGACAGGCCAAUGCACAUCUGAGUGGCUGUGCAGCUUGUUGAUCAAGCUUUGUGCAUUAGAUCAUCUUGUAAAGUGUGAGUUGUGUGACUUUGUAUUGCAAUCACAUGAAGAAGAAGGCGACGCUGAUUCGAAUAUACAUGAAUGUGACCUGCGUUCUAAACUAUUGGCAUGUAAUAUGUCUAAUAUUAAUGUAUUAGUAACAAAUGGCAGCAAUGAACUGUUUGAAAUAUUUCGUGACACAAGUAUAGGGAUACUAGACUUGAGAACUGCUGAUUGUGUUUCACUAACAUCAGACAUUCUUCCCACACUCAUUAAAUUAGAAAAGCUUUAUUUAUGGGGGACCUUUAUGGGUCGAUAUGAUCUCCAGAUGCCUUCAUCAUUGAACUGUAUCAGUCUUCAAACAGGCAAAUGCUCCUCUAAGUGGCUGUGCAGCUUGUUGAUCAAGCUUUCUGCAUUAGGUCGUCUUGUAAAGUGUGAGCUGUGUAACUUUGUACCGCAAUCACAUGAAGGAGAUUGUGACGCUGAUUCGAAUAUACAUGAAUGUGACCUGCGUUCUGAACUAUUGGCAUGUGAUAUGUCUAAUAUUGAGAUAUUAGUAACAGAUGGCAGCAAUGAACUGUUUGAAAUAUUUCGUGAAACAAGUAUAGGGAUCCUAGACUUGAGAACUGCUGAUUGUGUUUCACUUACAUCAGACAUUCUUCCCACACUCAUUAAAUUAGAAAAGCUUUAUUUAUGGGGGACCUUUUUGGGUCGAUGUGAUCUCCAGAUGCCUUCAUCAUUGAACUGUAUCAGUCUUAAGACAGGUGAAUGCUCCUCUAAGUGGCUGUGCAGCUUGUUGAUCAAGCUUUCUGCAUUAGGUCAUCUUGUAAAGUGUGAGUUGUGUGACUUUGUAUUGCAAUCACAUGAAGAAGAUUGCGACGCUGAUUUGAAUAUACAUGAAUGUGACCUGCGUUCUGAACUAUUGGCAUGUGAUAUGUCUAAUAUUAAGAUAUUAGUAAAAAAUGGCAGCAAUGAACUGUUUGAAAUAUUUCGUGACACAAGUAUAGGGAUACUAGACUUGAGAACUGCUGAUUGUGUUUCACUAACAUCAGACAUUCUUCCCACACUCAUUAAAUUAGAGAAGCUUUAUUUAUGGGGGAACUUUAUGGGUCGAUGUGAUCUCCAGAUGCCUUCAUCAUUGAACUGUAUCAGUCUUCAGACAGGCGAAUGCACAUCUGAGUGGCUGUGCAGCUUGUUGAUCAAGCUUUGUGCAUUAGAUCAUCAUAUAGAGUGUGAGCUGUGGAACUUUGUACUGCAAUCACAUGAAGGAGAUUGCGACGCUGAUCUGAAUAUUCAUGAAUGUGACCUGCGUUCUGAACUAUUGGCGUGUGAUAUGUCUAAUAUUGAGAUAUUAGUGAAAAAUGGCAGCAAUGAACUGUUUGAAAUAUUUCGUGACACAAGUAUAGGGAUACUAGACUUGAGAACUGCUGAUUGUGUUUCACUUACAUCAGACAUUCUUCCCACACUCAUUAAAUUAGAAAAGCUUUAUUUAUGGGGGACUUUUAUGGGUCGAUGUGAUCUCCAGAUGCCUUCAUUAUUGAAACGUAUCAGUCUUCGGACAGGCGAAUGCACAUCUGAGUGGUUGUGCAGCUUGUUGAUCAAGCUUUCUGCAUUAGGUCAUCUUGUAAAGUGUGAGCUGUGGAACUUUGUACUGCAAUCACAUGAAGAAGAUUGCGGCGCCAAUUCAAAUAUAAAUGUAUCUGACCUGCGAUCUAAACUAUUGGCGUGUGAUAUGUCUAAUAUUGCGAUAUUAGUAAAAAAUGGGAGCAAGGAACUGUUUGAAAUAUUCCGUGACACAAGUAUAAGAUUUCUGGACCUAAGAACGGCUGCGUCUGUAUCACUUACAUCUGCUAUUAGGCACUCGUUUUUUUAUUUUGUCUGUGUAUGUAAGAAAAAAGAAUAACAAGCAAAAUAUCUUAAAACCCGCUAUAUCCCUUCAUUUCCUUACAUUGAUCCCAACAGAUCUUAUACACAUGCUCCUUGAAAAUAAAUAAGAAAUUAAACUGUUUCAAACAGCAUAUGCACCUACAAUGUUAAAACACGUCACCGGUGUUCCAUCUGGCUAUAAUUGCAUUCGAGUCAUUACUGAUCAGAUGUGCUGCACCGGCGGCGUAUAUUCUGAAAUUAUGAUAUUUGAAUAUACUAGUUGCGGCCAAACUGUGCAGUUCUUUUACAUAGAUGCAUACUUAUUUUUUCCAAAACACAGGUAAAUAAAAAUCAUUCAAUAAUUGUAUUGUUUUAAAAUGUAAAUAUAAUUCGUUCAUACUUUUGCACUUGAAAUAUAGUACCCUCCCAGUUUACAUAUGUAUUCAAUUUUAUGUUCAAUAUAAACUCAUUCAACAUUUAAACGUUUCUGUACAGUAAAAAAAUGCAUUGUUUCCUACGUUGUCGUCUCGUUUUUGCACACAUACUAGUAAUGUUGUUAUUAACAGUUUUGCGCAAAAUAUUAUUUACAUUACUGUAUUUUAUGUAUAUGUUUUUCAUGACACAUUGUAUCGAUCUAUAUUCAAAUGUGUCAGUUUUCCUUCACAAGGAUCGGGCACAAGGAUUAAUUCAUGCAAUAAAUUGGAAUCGUACAUUUCACUUUAUCAAUAACAAGCAUUGUAUGUAAUGAAUAUUAUCUGAAACUAAAAUUUAUUACAAAACUCUAUAGCUAUGAUGUUCUUAUGUUGUUGUUUUUUAAGCAUAAAUGCCGAAAGGAUGCAUCGAGUGACAUAUAAUUCAAUGACUGUAAAUUCAAGUUAAUUGAAUUGUAUAUACGGGUGCAUUUUGCUUUAUUUAUUUUAAAAUUUGUUUUGGUACUUGUGCACAUUAAUUGUGGCAAUGAGAACAUGUUUGUUGUCAUUUAUUAACAUUAAUAUCAUUGUAGGCGGGAUGGCAGUAAACAAACAUGAAAAUAUCCAAAAACAUUUUCGGUGAAAUAUAGUAGGCAUAUCAAAAUAUGUUCCUGCUGAAAAAAAUGUUUAUUUUUGAAUCAAUAUUGUAACAUUAUUUAAGUUGCACAUGUGUCAUUGAAGAUUAAGCCAUUUUCGGUGCGGUUAAAUUAUUGAUCAACAAAUCGCUAUUAUCUUUAAACAUAAUUGCAAUAAAUGUAUAUUCUGAAAAAUAUAUAUCGUAGUUCUCAUAAGGUUAUUAAAUACAUGUAGUCAAAUGCAUUGAACAGCUUAAGAAAUCGUUUUCGGAUAGCUAGUAAAAUGCUAUGCAUAUUCGGUGUAUGUAUUCUUUUUUUUAAAUUUUGUUAUUUAUUGUUGUAGUGAAUAGAUGUUAUCAAUGUAUUUCAUAGAGAUUUAUUAAUAAUUGUAGAAACAAAAAUGAGCUCGUUUUGCUUAUUUAGUAAUAGCAACAUGAAAUGCAUUUCUAAAUAACACUUUUCAAAUAAGCAUAUGUGUACAUGCAAUUGUUUAUUGACGCUAUGCAAUUGUAUGAUAUUUGAUACUCAGACACUGUGUAUGUGUUGUAAAAGCUUCAGUCCCUAUAGAUUACCUCACAUUACAAAGUAAAGUAAAAUAGCACAUACUGUUAAAAGGUUCCGAACAGCGAGAUUUGCAAAUACUAUGUCUUUAGACACUUAACGGCGUUUCAACAUUUUUAGUUAAUAAAUGAUAGUUGUAGAUCAUAGUUUGUUUUGUCUUAAUACGUGUUAUCAAAUCACUCGUGCUUUACUCCCGCGAUAUAACCACUACGCCGUAGGUUAUUUUACAACAAAUAAUGACAAACAAAUAACGUUUCAUAUUUUUCGCGGCUUUAUACUAACUAUUUAUCCUAAUAAUGUAUCUUAAAUUGAGCGUAAUUCAUACAUUCUCAGCUUAGCUUAUUACCGUCAGCUAAGUAAACCCAUGUUCACUAAUUAAUAGAGUCUUCUUAAUAAACUGUUACAUGUUCUUUUUUAUAUUUUAAGUGAUCAGUGGAUGAUUUGAUCUAUGAUUGGUAAUACAUACUACAAACUUACAUAAGUUAAGUUUUUAGUAUAUAUAUUUAUAGAAGUGGACCAUGAUAACAUCACGUCACGUUUUUGUAUAUGUGUGUUCAUAUUUUUGAUUAUCCCCACGUUUUCGGAGAAAAAGUGGGGAUACUGUAUUGAUGUGCGUCUUUCAGUCCGUCCGUCCGUCCUAGCCACGUGAUCCUCCUACACUAUAAGCACUAGAACCUUGAAACUUACAAACAUGGUAGCUAUGAGCAAAUGGGCGACGGUGACAGUGACGGGAUUUUGAUCUGACCCCUGGGUCAAAAGUUAUGGGGGUUGGGGCGGGGCCGGGUCAGAGAUUUUCACUCAUUUUUUAUGUUAUUUUACAUAAACUUCUUCAUUUCUGCACCGAUUUACUUCAAAUUGAUACUGAGCCUCUCUUAUGACACUAAGGUCAAUCUCAACUAUGCAUGGCCCCAAUACCAACCCUGGGGCGCCCCGGCCACAUAGGCCACGCCCACCCAAAAUUGCCUUUUAGUAUAAUUUCUUCAUUUCUACACCGAUUCUCUUCAAAUUGAUACUGAACAUCUCUUAUGACAAUACGGUCAAUCUCAGCUAUGCAUGGCCCCAUUACCAACCCUAGGGCAUCCCUCCCACAUAGGCCACGCCCACUUAAAAAUGGCCUUUUACUAUAAUUUCUUCAUUUCUACACCGAUUCACUUCAAAUUCAUACUGAACCUCUCUUAUGACAAUACGGUCAAUCUCAGCUAUGCAUAGCCCCAUUACCAACCCUGAGGCGCCCCGCCCACAUAGGCCACGCCCACCCAAUAUUGCCUUUUACUAUAAUUUCUUCAUUUCUACACUGAUUCACAUCAAAUUGAUACUGAACCUCUUUUAUGACAAUACGGUCAAUCUCAACUAUGCAUGGCGCCAUUAUCAACCCUAGGGCGCCCCGCCCACUUAGGCCACGCCCACCCAAAAUUGUCUUUUACUAUAAGUUCUUCAUUUCUACACCGAUUUACUUCAAAUUGAUACUGAACCUCUCUUAUGACAAUACAGUCAAUCUCAACUAUGUAAGACCCCAUUACCAACCCAGGGGCGCCCCGCAAAUAAUAGGCCACACCCACCCAAAAUUGCCUUUUACUAUAAUUUCUUCAUUUCUACACCGAUUCACUUCUUAUUGAUACUGAACUUCUCUUAUGACAAUACGGUAAAUCUCAACUAUGUAUGGCCCCAUUACCAACCCUGGGGCGUCCCGCACAUUAUAGGCCACACCCACAUAGGCCACGCCCACCCAAAAUUGCCCUUUACUAUAAUUUCUUCAUUUCUACACCGAUUCACUUCAAAUUGAUACUGAAUCAUUCUUAUAACAAUACAGUUUAUCUCAUCUAUGCAUGGCCCAAUUACCAACCCUGCAGCAUCCCCGCCCACAUAGGCCACGCCCACCCCAAAUUGCCUUUUACUAUAAUAUCUUCAUUUCUACACCGAUUCACUUCAAAUUGAUACUGAACCUCUUUUAUGACAAUACAGUCAAUCUCAACUAUGCAUGGCGCCAUUACCAACCCUGGGGCGCCCCGCCCAAAUAGGCCACGCCCACCCAAAAUUGUCUUUUACCAUAACUUCUUCAUUUCUACACCGAUUUACUUCAAAUUGAUACUGAACCUCUCUUAUGACAAUAUAGUUAAUCUCAACUAUGCAUGGCCCCAUUACCAACCCUGGGGCGCCCCGCCCACAUAGGCCACGCCCACCCAAAAUUGCCUUUUACUAUAUUUCUUCAUUUCUACACUGAUUCACUUCAAAUUGAAACUGAACCUCUUUUAUGACAAUACGGUCAAUCUCAACUAUGCGUGGCGCCAUGACCAACCCUGGGGCGCCCCACCAACAUAGGCCACGCCCACCCAAAAUUGCCUUUAACUAUAAGUUCUUCAUUUCUACACCGAUUUACUUCAAAUUGAUACUGAACAUCUGUUAUGACAAUACAAUCAAUCUCAACUAUGUAAGGCCCCAUUACCAACCCUGGGGCGCCCCGCCAAUAAUAGGCCAAACCCACCCAAAAUUGCCUUUUACUAUAAUUUCUUCAUUUCUACACCGAUUCACUUCGAAAUGAUACUGAACUUCUCUUAUGACAAUACGGUCAAUCUCAACUAUGUAUGGCCCCAUUUCCAACCCUGGGGCGCCCCGCCCAUAAUAGGCCACACCCACAUAGGCCACGCCCAUCCAAAAUUGCCUUUUACUAUAAUUUCUUCAUCUCUACACCGAUUCACUUCAAAUUGAUACUGAACCUUUCUUAUAACAAUACGGUCAAUCUCAGCUAUGCAUGGCCCCAUAACCAACCCUGGAGCACCCCGUCCACAUAGGCCACGCCCAUCCGAAAUCGCCUUUUACUAUAAUAUCUUCAUUUCUACACCGAUUCACUUCAAAUUGAUACUGAACCUCUUAUAUGACAAUACAGUCAAUCUCAACUAUGCAUGGCGCCAUUACCAACCCUGGGGCGCCCCGCCCACAUAGGCCAUGCCCACCCAAAAUUGCCUUUUACUAUAAUUUCUUCAUUUCUACACUGAUUUACUACAAAUUGAUACUGAACCUCUCUAAUGACAAUACACUUAAUCUCAACUAUGCUUGGCCCCAUUACCAACCCUAGGGCGCCCGCCCACAUAGGCCACGCCCACCCAAAAUUGCCUUUUACUAUAAUUUCUUCAUUUCUACACCGAUUCACUUCACAUUGAUACUGAACAUCUUUAAUGACAAUACGGUCAAUCUCAACUAUGCAUGGCGCCAUUACCAACCCUGGGACGCCCCGCCCACAUAGGCCACGCCCACCCAAAAUUGCCUUUAACUAUAAGUUCUUCAUUUCUACCAUUUUUACACCGAUUUACUCGAACAUCUGUUAUGACAAUACAGUUAAUCUCAACUAUGUAAGGCCCCAUUACCAACCCUGGGGCGCCCCGCCAAUAAUAGGCCACACCCACCCAAAAUUGCCUUUAACUAUAAUUUCUUCAUUUCUACACCGAUUCACUUCUAAUUGAUACUGAACUUCUCUUAUGACAAUACGGUCAAUAUCAACUAUGUAUGGCCCCAUUUCCAACCCUGGGGCACCCCGCGCAUAAUAGGCCAAACCCACAUAGACCACGCCCACCCAAAAUUGCCUUUUACUAUAAUUUCUUCAUUUCUACACCGAUUCACUUCAAAUUGAUACUGAACCUCUCUUAUAACAAUACAGUUAAUCUCAUCUAUGCAUGGUCCCAUUACCAACCCUGGGAAACCCCGCCCACAUAGGCCACGACCACCCAAAAUUGCCUCUUACUAUAAUAUCUUCAUUUCUACACCGAUUCACUUCAAAUUGAUACUGAACCUCUCUAAUGACAAUACACUUAAUCUCAACUAUGCUUGGCCCCAUUACCAACCCUAGGGCGCCCGCCCACAUAGGCCACGCCCACCCAAAAUUGCCUUUUACUAUAAUUUCUUCAUUUCUACACCGAUUCACUUCACAUUGAUACUGAACAUCUUUUAUGACAAUACGGUCAAUCUCAACUAUGCAUGGCGCCAUUACCAACCCUGGGACGCCCCGCCCACAUAGGCCACGCCCACCCAAAAUUGCCUUUAACUAUAAGUUCUUCAUUUCUACCAUUUCUACACCGAUUUACUCGAACAUCUGUUAUGACAAUACAGUUAAUCUCAACUAUGUAAGGCCCCAUUACCAACCCUGGGGCGCCCCGCCAAUAAUAGGCCACACCCACCCAAAAUUGCCUUUAACUAUAAUUUCUUCAUUUCUACACCGAUUCACUUCUAAUUGAUACUGAACUUCUCUUAUGACAAUACGGUCAAUAUCAACUAUGUAUGGUCCCAUUUCCAACCCUGGGGCACCCCGCGCAUAAUAGGCCAAACCCACAUAGACCACGCCCACCCAAAAUUGCCUUUUACUAUAAUUUCUUCAUUUCUACACCGAUUCACUUCAAAUUGAUACUGAACCUCUCUUAUAACAAUACAGUUAAUCUCAUCUAUGCAUGGUCCCAUUACCAACCCUGGGAAACCCCGCCCACAUAGGCCACGCCCACCCAAAAUGGCCUCUUACUAUAAUAUCUUCAUUUCUACACCGAUUCACUUCAAAUUGAUACUGAACCUAUUUAUGACAAUACAUUCAAUCUCAACUAUGCAUGGCGCCAUUACCAACUCUGGGGCGCCCCGCCCACAUAGGCCACGCCCACCCAAAAUUGCCUUUUACUAUAAUUUCUUCAUUUCUACACCGAUUUACUUCAAAUUGAUUCUGAACAUCUCUUAUGACAAUAAGGUCAAUCUCAACUAUUAAUGGCCCCUUUACCAACCCUUGGGCGCCCCGUCCAUAAUAGGCCACACCCACCCAAAAUUGUCCUUUACUAUAAUUUCUUCAUUUCUACACCGAUUUACUUCAAAUUGAUACUGAACAUCUGUUAUGACAAUACAAUCAAUCUCAACUAUGUAAGGCCCCAUUACCAACCCUGGGGCGCCCCGCCAAUAAUAGGCCAAACCCACCCAAAAUUGCCCUUUACUAUAAUUUCUUCAUUUCUACACCGAUUCACUUCGAAAUGAUACUGAACUUCUCUUAUGACAAUACGGUCAAUCUCAACUAUGUAUGGCCCCAUUUCCAACCCUGGGGCGCCCCGCCCAUAAUAGGCCACACCCACAUAGGCCACGCCCAUCCAAAAUUGCCUUUUACUAUAAUUUCUUCAUCUCUACACCGAUUCACUUCAAAUUGAUACUGAACCUUUCUUAUAACAAUACGGUCAAUCUCAGCUAUGCAUGGCCCCAUAACCAACCCUGGAGCACCCCGUCCACAUAGGCCACGCCCAUCCGAAAUCGCCUUUUACUAUAAUAUCUUCAUUUCUACACCGAUUCACUUCAAAUUGAUACUGAACCUCUUUUAUGACAAUACAGUCAAUCUCAACUAUGCAUGGCGCCAUUACCAACCCUGGGGCGCCCCGCCCACAUAGGCCAUGCCCACCCAAAAUUGCCUUUUACUAUAAUUUCUUCAUUUCUACACUGAUUUACUACAAAUUGAUACUGAACCUCUCUAAUGACAAUACACUUAAUCUCAACUAUGCUUGGCCCCAUUACCAACCCUAGGGCGCCCGCCCACAUAGGCCACGCCCACCCAAAAUUGCCUUUUACUAUAAUUUCUUCAUUUCUACACCGAUUCACUUCACAUUGAUACUGAACAUCUUUAAUGACAAUACGGUCAAUCUCAACUAUGCAUGGCGCCAUUACCAACCCUGGGACGCCCCGCCCACAUAGGCCACGCCCACCCAAAAUUGCCUUUAACUAUAAGUUCUUCAUUUCUACCAUUUCUACACCGAUUUACUCGAACAUCUGUUAUGACAAUACAGUUAAUCUCAACUAUGUAAGGCCCCAUUACCAACCCUGGGGCGCCCCGCCAAUAAUAGGCCACACCCACCCAAAAUUGCCUUUAACUAUAAUUUCUUCAUUUCUACACCGAUUCACUUCUAAUUGAUACUGAACUUCUCUUAUGACAAUACGGUCAAUAUCAACUAUGUAUGGCCCCAUUUCCAACCCUGGGGCACCCCGCCCAUAAUAGGCCAAACCCACAUAGACCACGCCCACCCAAAAUUGCCUUUUACUAUAAUUUCUUCAUUUCUACACCGAUUCACUUCAAAUUGAUACUGAACCUCUCUUAUAACAAUACAGUUAAUCUCAUCUAUGCAUGGUCCCAUUACCAACCCUGGGAAACCCCGCCCACAUAGGCCACGCCCACCCAAAAUUGCCUCUUACUAUAAUAUCUUCAUUUCUACACCGAUUCACUUCAAAUUGAUACUGAACCUCUCUAAUGACAAUACACUUAAUCUCAACUAUGCUUGGCCCCAUUACCAACCCUAGGGCGCCCGCCAACAUAGGCCACGCCCACCCAAAAUUGCCUUUUACUAUAAUUUCUUCAUUUCUACACCGAUUCACUUCACAUUGAUACUGAACAUCUUUUAUGACAAUACGGUCAAUCUCAACUAUGCAUGGCGCCAUUACCAACCCUGGGACGCCCCGCCCACAUAGGCCACGCCCACCCAAAAUUGCCUUUAACUAUAAGUUCUUCAUUUCUACCAUUUCUACACCGAUUUACUCGAACAUCUGUUAUGACAAUACAGUUAAUCUCAACUAUGUAAGGCCCCAUUACCAACCCUGGGGCGCCCCGCCAAUAAUAGGCCACACCCACACAAAAUUGCCUUUAACUAUAAUUUCUUCAUUUCUACACCGAUUCACUUCUAAUUGAUACUGAACUUCUCUUAUGACAAUACGGUCAAUAUCAACUAUGUAUGGCCCCAUUUCCAACCCUGGGGCACCCCGCGCAUAAUAGGCCAAACCCACAUAGACCACGCCCACCCAAAAUUGCCUUUUACUAUAAUUUCUUCAUUUCUACACCGAUUCACUUCAAAUUGAUACUGAACCUCUCUUAUAACAAUACAGUUAAUCUCAUCUAUGCAUGGUCCCAUUACCAACCCUGGGAAACCCCGCCCACAUAGGCCACGCCCACCCAAAAUUGCCUCUUACUAUAAUAUCUUCAUUUCUACACCGAUUCACUUCAAAUUGAUACUGAACCUAUUUAUGACAAUACAUUCAAUCUCAACUAUGCAUGGCGCCAUUACCAACUCUGGGGCGCCCCGCCCACAUAGGCCACGCCCACCCAAAAUUGCCUUUUACUAUAAUUUCUUCAUUUCUACACCGAUUUACUUCAAAUUGAUUCUGAACAUCUCUUAUGACAAUAAGGUCAAUCUCAACUAUUAAUGGCCCCUUUACCAACCCUGGGGCGCCCCGUCCAUAAUAGGCCACACCCACCCAAAAUUGUCCUUUACUAUAAUUUCUUUAUUUCUUCACCGAUUCACUUUUAUUUGAUACUGAACUUCUCUUAUGACAAUACGGUCAAUCUCAACUAUGCAUGGACCCAUUACCAACCAUGGGGCGCCCCUGGGUCAAACAUGCGGCGUGGGGAUACGCGUCGGCCUCUGCCGCGCCAUUUCUAGUUUAUAAUGUUGUGAUGUUUACUAUGUUUGUCCUAGAAAUUAAUCAGACCUUAACUGAUUUAUCAUUUGUUUUGCCGCGAAAAACUUUUCACGACUUUUUAUAUUACUGUUUUCGAACAGUUUAUUUUAAUCUACCAUAAUAAAACUACCAAAAGAUAGUGCUACUCAAAACGAUAGUGCUACUCAAAAAGAUAGUGCUACUCAAAAAGAUAGUGCUACUCAAAAAGAUAGUACUACUCAAAAAGAUAGUGCUACUCAAAAAGAUAGUGCUACUCAAAAAGAUAGUGCUACUCAAAAAGAUAGUGCUACUAAAAAGAUACUUAUUUUGUGCGUGGAGUGAUUGUAACAUGAUUUGGUGAAUCAUAGUGUUGUUAUUUUAAACAUAUUACUAUUUUCGACAAGUGAACUUUUUGUCUUAAUAAUUUGACAAGUACAAUCUUACCGUCGGUAAAUGAAUACGGAAUUUACGAAAUGUUUUGUUAGUAUUGGUAAACAUUUAGUUAACCUUGCUCGUGAACUAAAUGAAUAGCAUUUGUAUAACUAUGUAUACUGUAAUGCGACCGAUAUGUGUGAUUCUAUAAUUUAAGUUAUUGUUUAAUGUGUCUACUGUUGGUACUUAUUUUAUCGUCAUGUGCCUCCGUAACAUUCUUCCAUGUGCCUGUCUAUAAUAUAUAUUUUCGUAAACUCUGCCCCCAUUACUCAAAAUGCAUAAAUGAUAUUUUGAUUCAAACUCAUGGCUUAGGAGAAGAGACACUAUAUAGAAUUGGAACUUUGUUAUAUUUUUAUAAUAAUGGGUUAUAAAACUAGACAUUAUUUUCCAAAGAUUUAAUAAUAUAUGUGUCACAAAUAAGUGCCAUAAUCAUGUUACAGUGUAUAUUUGAAAUAAUCUAUUUCAAAAGACAAUUGUUACGUAUAUUUGUUUGUAAUUUUGUGUGUAAAGAAUGAGAUCAUAUGCAAACAAAUGAACGGAAAAAUGAGUGCCAUUGAACUUAAAGAGAACGUUGGUGCAAUUUACAUGCGAUCUAAACUAUUUGCAUGUGACUUGUCUUAUAUCAAUAUAUUUGUUAUGAAUGGGAGCAAGGAACUUUUUGAAAUAUUUCGUUUCACAAGUAUAGGAAUCUUGGACCUCAUAACGUCUGAUUGUGUUUCACUAACAUCAAGACAUUCUGACCACACUCAGUAAAUUAGACAAGAUCCUUUUAAUUUUUUUUUCUAAAUUAAAACAAACAUAUUGUAAAUGUGCAUGCAUUUUUGUUAACCCCAUAUAUUUUUUUCUAUUAUAAUAGAAAAUCUUGCUUUAACACUAUGUAUUUCGCGCACUCUUGAUUUAAACUCUACGCAUUUCAACCUCUGGUCGUAGAAAUUAACAAGGUCUGGGAAGACUCUACUUAUGUUUACAUGUAUACCGUCGCGAAAAACGUAUCAUGUUUUUGUAUUACGGUUUCCAAACAUUUCAUUUGCAAUUGAUCAUAAUUAAACUAAAACACGCCUUGGCAAUUCAAAACGGCAUUUCUUUUUUGCGUGAUAUAAUUUAGUGCGAUUUGAUGAAUCGUUGUUUUGUUAAACAUGUGAUUUUUUAAGGCAAUCGAACUUUUUUCUUACAAACUUGACAAGUUUAAACAUUUAAUUUGGUUUAUGAAUAAUACAUUGUACGAACUAUUUUCAUGUAACUUUUAAAAGCAGUAAGUUUAAUGGUACAGUUGUAAUGAACUAAAUGUAUAGUAUAGGUUUAUAACAACGUAAUGUAUACUAUUAAGCGAUCUGUGUUUGUUUUCCCAUACAUAGUUAAUUUUAGUCUUUGUUUAACGUCUAUUUUUUAUUAAGUACGUGUUAUUUUUAUAUCGUCCUGUAUGUCCAUUAUAUAACUUCAUGAGUUCGUCUAUUAAGAAGCAUGUUCGUUAACUCUGUCAGCCAUGGCACUAAAUGCUUACAUGCAAUAAAAAUGAAAACUAGUGGCGUAAAAGAACAAACAUCGUUAAGUAUUGAGUUUUCUUUAUGUGUUUGAACUUCAUAGCAUUAAACAAAUAUGACAUGUAUAUUUCAAAGUAUUAAUAACAUAUGCGUUAGAAUUAACAUUUUUAAAUGUGUAUUCACUUUUGUUUGUUCGAAAUUGUAUUGAAUUUCGAUAGAGUUAAAAUAUGUUUUCUUGAGAAUACAUGUACAUGUAUAUAAUAAUUGUUGCUGUUUUAUUGAUGUUAAUAACAUAUAUCAUUUGUUUCUAUAAUGUUUAGAGUGGACGGUAUGUUUUACUCCUCUAAAUAUAGAAAAUAACAUUUCGAAAUAAUUCUGUAACUUGAUCAUGGCGAAUUUAUGUAUUGAUUAGUUUUUGAUAACCACAGUGUUUUUGUUUUAAAAUGCUGUUAUUAUUGAAUGCAAGUAUGCAGCGUGAAAAUAAUACACGUCAUGGUUAUAAUUCGUGUAAUAUUGACGGACUGUUUUCUCAUAAAAUUCACAAAUUUCAAUUUGGCUAGCGUAAAAAAUGCCUUGCACCUGCAUUUUUAAGUUAUGAUGUACGGGAUGAAUAUUUCAAUUCCAUGCAAUAAUACAGCAUCAUAGAAACCUUAGACGAAAUGCCCACCUAGUUUGUAAUAUACUAGUACGUAUUAUUUUUUUCUAUAAUUAUAUAAUGAUGUAUUUGUUCUAUACGUGGAAUAAAUACGUUUAUGUUUAAA